UGCUCUGACGAGGUUGCACUACUGUGCUCUGAGAAGCAGUGCAAUGAUAUUGUCAAAGCAUUUGGGACCAGAACUGGGAAUGCCCCUCAUCCACAACCUCUUCUUUCCUUUUCCUCCAGACAGAUUCCUUAGUCCUGCAGGCCCUCCCCUCCCCCCUGCCCAGUUUGCUCCCUUCUCCAUGGAAACUUGAGAGUCUAGGCAGGCCUGGGCCUCUAGGGUCAGAGGGCACACUUCCCCCAGGCAGAGAGCCCCACCCAAAUGGGCCUGCAUUUCAGGUUUCAGAUCUCACCCAUUACCACCACUAAGAAAGCCAGGCCUACCCGACACUCUUUCCCUGUUGCACUACUAUGGGCCACUGGGAAGCAGUGCAAUGAUGAAAGGGCAUCGGUCAGGUCUGCUCACUGCUCAUAGCACUUGGGGAGAAGAGUAUUUGCUGCCUUACUCAACUUCUCAAUUGAGAAAGCUGAGGUACUCAAAGGGUAAGUGUUUGGACUAAUUAAGCAAGGGUUUAGAAUUGGACUGAACCAUCCAUCAAAGAGAUGAUCUGGUGGGUGGGUCCUUGGGAUCAUCCCUCAAGCUGUCCAUCCUGAUCAUGCUGGACAAGUGCAAAGAGCCUUCAGAUUCAGAAAGGCUCUUGGUUGAAGAUCUUUCCACUUUGCCUCCCCAGGUAAGUUUGGGACUCCAGGAGCUUGUGGAGAAAUAGAAAUCCUUUGCAUGCCUGGCUUAGACCCAGAUCAACCAUGGACAUGUUGGGGUAAAAGGGACCUAGCCUUCCCUGAAUGUUUGAAGAGGAUGAGGCUCAGAAAGAAAUGUUCUUUUGGGUGGGGUUUGGGAAUGAGGGUGAGAUAGGCCUUCUAGGAGAAAGCCUUCACACCAGAGCAUCAGCAGGAGUGGGACAAUCUUAGAUGGGUGGACUUGGGAUAAAGAAACGUGCUGGUGAGGCCCAUCAACAGUGCCAGCUUGUUCUUUUAUAGGGAAAUAUUCCCUGAUCCUGCAGAAGGGGCUGUGAGGUGUCUCACAUGUCUGCCUUCCCAGCUGGAAUAGGGGACCUGAAGUUAAAUUUCCAAGGAGCCUUAUUCUAAGUGUGCUUGCAGGGCCACCUCUACCUGACACAAUGUGCCCUUUAAUACUAGCCUGACUCCUAGAAAGGAGGCUCAGGUCUCCAGAUGGACUUUUGGGAGUAACCUUCUCCCAGCAGAGAAUACUAGAACACUGCCUUUAAUCCUGUCCUGGGGAGUAAAAGCCCUGGCAUCCAUGGUGGGAAUGAGGAGAAAUGACAAAUGCUUCUCUUGACUCCUAGUCCUGACCCCUUGGGAUUUCUUGAUCUCGUGGUUACCUGACUCAGGCCCAUUCUCCCUUCUAGCUUCUAGGGGCCAUUGCUGGGAAGUGGCCACCCCUCAUUCAUGUGCAGAUUCUAUACCUACUGCUGAAGCAGCUAUCUCCUGCUCUUGCUGGAGGAAGGUUUUUGAACUCAGGGCUAGCAUUAUCUCCUUGGGAAAACCUUCCCUGGAAUAUGCUUCUAGCAGUGCCUUUGGAUCACAAUUUUUCUCCAGUGGCUGAAGUCCCUAAUAGGGGCCUGGGAGCCUAUGAAGUCAGAGACCAUAUGUUGUUUUCAUUUGUGAAAUCUUUCUUGGUAAUAUCUGGUACAGAGGAGGGGCCCAGUAUGUUUUUUAAAAACACUAAUAGGGAAAAGGAUGUAGCUCAGUGAUAGUGCCUUGCGUGCACAAGGCUCUAGUUUUUAUCUCUAGCACCAGAAAUGAACAAACAAGCGAAAACAAAGUGUGAAGCAUGGUUAUUAGCAUAAUGUGGUAGGAGUAAUCAAAGGUCUUUUUGAACUUCAAAGGGUGCUUGUCCUGUUUGAAAAUAGGCAUAUAUUUAAAAAUAAAGAUUCAUUUUGUAAGUCACAUGGGGGCAGGAAGCAGGAAAGAGACUCGAAUUCAGGUAUAUCUGACUGAGUUUCUGCCUGAACCAUUAGGCAAGAUGCACAAAAUAGACCCUGUUCCUCCUUGAUUGUCUCCAUCUUGCUCUCUGACCUACAAGCUGGAGGAAAUGCCUACUACCUCCUAUGCUGGAGAGAGCUGGAAUUAGAGGGCUGGUGGUUUGGCUAUUAGGAGACAAAUCUGUUUUGAAUUCUCAGAUAUACUCCAUUGAAUCUCAGGGCUGAUGGAAGGGUUUUCCGGAGGGCACUACCUCUCUUUAGUGGCUGGAAUGGAUGGUGAGGGCAACUACUGCCCAGAUAAGGGAGGGAGGAGAAAGGCAAGUUUCAGGGGGAAGAAGUUAUUUGCCAAUCUGGAUGUGUUCCAUGUGAGAUGCCCAAGAAUUGUCCCUAGCAGACAUUUGGAUAUGGGUUUGGAAUUCAAGGGAGGUUGAGCCUGAAACAAAGUUUUGGGUUAAGUCAAUUCUGGGUUCUUGAACAGCAUCAAGAACUGUUAAAGACUGUAAGGUGAAGAAAGGGUCUUUGGAAAUACAUCAGAGGGUCAGGAGGAAAGACACCGAGAAGGGGCCAGAAUGCAGGCAACUAGAAUGAUAGAGCAAAGAAGUGAUCCUGAAGAGGGUAAGAUCCGGGAGGUGUGUGUAUGAUGCUGGAGAGUAGGGCAGGAAAGGAAUAGGAUGAAAAAUCCAAAGCUGGAGGAGUCAGGGGCAGAGUGAAAUCCUAUGGGCAUUGCCUUUGUGAAGGCGAAGCAGGCAGGGUACUUGUCCAAGUGAAGAAGCACAGGGAUAGAGAAGGGACUGGAAGCUGGGAGAGGGGUUUGGGGCCUUAAAGAAGUGGCAAGAUUUAGGGAGAUGCCCAUGUCCUCUGGAUGGGCAGGGACCAAGUGGAGAUCAAAGGACUGAUAGCUCCCAGAAUGGGACUAUUAACCACGCAGCUACCUUGGCCACGUGGAAGAUGUGACAGCGCAUGCCCAGAGGGUUGGGCAUUGUCACGUGUGACAGUCACAGGGGAUUUGGCCCCUCCCCUUGCCUCCCCGCUGAUUUAUUGGGGGGUGGGUCAGGGGAGGGGGCUGCGGCUGUCAGAGAGGGAACAGGGAACUUGCACCGCAGCUGGAGGGGAGAGUGGGUGCGGCCCGUAAGGGGACCCCUCUGCCUUUGGUGAUCUCAGCCCUGGUCCUAGGGAGGGGUCCUCUCACCUCGCCUCCGGGCGGUUUGGGUAUCCAGCCGCCCUGGCCCCAACGACCGCUAAGUUCCCAGGCAGUUCGGCUCCACCACCAGCAGCCGGUUUAGGAUGGAGGUCCUGGAUGAGUUUGACAGUGAAUUUCCCCAGAGUGUGACCUUUUGCCAGCUCAUUUCGGAGGAGGACUUUGAGAGACAGGCAGCAACCUACACAGAACGCUCUCUGCGCCGCCUCUUCCGCACUCUUGACCGCAAUCCAGCCCUGGCGGAGAGGGUCGUGCGCAAGGGCAAGCAGACCGAAUGCGAGCAGCGCGGGCUCCUUUCCUUUAUCUGGGCGAAGUUCAUCUGUGCUGUCCAGGGAGAACUGAACCAGUGUAACAGCAUGGGCACCCUAGAGAUGCACCAGCGCCUGGAGCAGUUGAAAAGGAGCAUCCAUCGAGUGCACCUGUACUCCCAGGAUGCCAAGAAGAGGAAAAGGAAGCCCAAACUGAAGAAACCAGAACCCAUCCUCUUACGGGACCGGUCAACCUCCCCAUGCCUGCCACCAACCCCGCUGCCACCACCUGCUACCACCAUGGCCUCUGUACUGGCCCCAUCACCCCCUGUAUAUACUAUGCCCAGGGUCUUUGGCCCUUUCUCUCCGCUGCCCAGCAAGUCGAUGGAGAAAUUGAACAUUUCAAGGUCUGAAGUGAAAUUAAACUGGAAUGGCUUGUCCUCAAACCCAAAGAGCCACAUGGUUGAUCUGACCCCCUUGGUUCUCAAUCCCGGAGGCUUCCAUUUCUCAUACUUGGCUGGAAACAGUGCGCAUAAGCUUCACUGCCCUGGCUUCCCCUGGGGAAAUUACAGCACUCCUAAGAUGCCACCCCCAGUUCUCUACCUACCAGCUAUAAGCAAGUACUAAUCUACUUCUGUGUAGAUCUGGAUAUUUCAUAUCAAUGGAAUCUUAUAUAUGGCUUUUUGUAUCUGGGUGCUUCCACUCAGUAUAAUGUUUUCAUGGUGUGACUGUUGUAGCAAUGUUAAUACCUUCUUUUGAUGAUUGAAUAAUGUUCCAUUGUAUUAUUAUUGAGCCAUUCAUCAGUUGAUAGGAAUUAGACUUUUUAACAUUUUUGACUGCUGGAAACAAUGAUGUUACAAACAUUUGUGUACAAAUUUUCGUGAGGGCAUAGUUUUUAGUUUUUUGGGGUAUACUCCUAGGAGUGGGAUUGCUGGGCCAACUAAACUUUUUCCAUAGUGGCUGCCUCAUUUUAUAAUCCCACUAGUAAUGUAUGAAGUUUCCAAUUUCUCCACCUCUUGCCCAAUAUUUAUUUAUUGUUACGUUUUCUUUCUUUUUCUUAAAGAUGGAGUCUCCCUAUGUUGCCCAGGCUGGUCUUGAACUCCUGGGCUCAAGCAGUCCUCCCAAGUUAGCCUCUUAAGUAGUUAGGACUAUAGAUGCCUACUAUAUAUAUGCAACACAACUUAAUUGUCUUUUUUAAUACAACCAUCUCAAUGGGUAUGAGGUGAAGUGUUUCUCACUGUGGGUUUGAUUUGCAUCUCCCUGAUGACUAAUGUUGUUGAGGCAUUUUCCUGUACUUAUUGGUUAUUUGUAUAUCUUUGGAGAAGUGUUUAUUAAGAUUCUUUGCCCAUUUCUAAAUAUUGGGUUGUUGCUGGGUGCGGUGGCACAUGCCUGCAAUCCCACAAUUUGGGAGGCUGAGACAAGAGGCUCCCAAGUGGCUCCCAAGUUCAAAACCACCUUAAGAACUUAUCAAGACCCUGUCUCAAAUUUUUUAAAAAAAGGGGGACAAAGGAUGUGGCUCAAUGGUUAAGCCCCUCUGGGUUCAAUCCCCAUUAUGGGUAAGGGGGCUGAGGAGACAACCCAAUAUUUAUAAAUACAAUUUUUUUUUUUGGUAGUACUGGGGAUUGAACCCAGGUGCACUCUACCACUGAGCUAUACCCGCAGCCCUUUUUAAUUUUUUGAGACAGGGUCUCAUUAAGUUGUCCAUACUGGCCUCAAAUUUGCCAGUAGCUGGAAUUACAGGUGUGUGCCCCUGUACCUGGCUAGGCUUAGUUCUCUUGAAAGAAAGUCUUUUCAAAACAUAAUCAGAAAACAGAAAUUCCUGAACUCUUUCACCCAGUAUUUUCAAAUCUGGAAACUUCUUCCAGGGAAAUAAAAUAGAAAAGAAAAAAGCCAUUUGUUUAAAAAUAUUUAUGUCAACAUCAGUUAAAAAGAGGACAUAUGGAAAUAGCUCAAAUAUGUAUUUAUAUAACUAUGGAAUGUUAUAUGGCUGUUAAAAUUAUAAAUAUGAUUAAACAUGUUUCUGUAUAUUCAUGAAUUAUAGUUAAAUGCAAGAAAUAGACAAGUUGGGGGAAGGAUGCGAAGGUGACUGCUGGGUGACAGAAGGGUUUUUUGCAAUGUUACAAAACAAAAUUUCAAAAUGAAGCACUGACCAUCAUUAGGUCUUCAGAGUGAAGUCACAGAGCAGGACUAUGAUCAUCUUUUUCUAGUCUUUUCUAGGCAUAGUUUUAUCUAUAUGUGAUUCAUUAAAAAAAAAUCUUGCCUCUGUCACUUAAUAUGUUACAAUCCUGGCAGUUGAAUGCUUCUGGACUGUUUUAUUUUUUUUUUUUUAGUUGUAAAUGGAUCUUUUAUUUUAUUUAUUUAUAUGCAGUGCUGAGGAUCGAACCCAGGGCCUCACACAUGCCAGGCAGGUGCUAUACCACUGAGCCACAACUCCAGCCCCUUCUGGACUGUUUUAAACACAAGCAUCAUUGAUUGGGGCAAUAGCCAUCCAGUGUAUGUAGUACCUUCACUAUUUAAUUCCACUGGGAGAUACAAGACUAACUUCUAGUUUUCCACUAGUGUAUUCAGGGCUGGCAUUAAAGUUGUUAUAUACCAAGCUGUUUCUGAAUUUCAGAUGAACCCCCUAAAAUAUAAUUACAAGGGAAAGGGUAUGGAAAUUAAUAAGAAAGCUAUUUGUUUUUAGAAUCUAAAGGCAAUAGGUUUACUUGCAGACAAUAUGAAACCCACACAGAAAAGACUCACCAGAUCCCCUCCUAUUCCUAACUCCAGAAAUAACAACCAUUAUAUUUCUGUUUUAGUCAAGGCUUCUUUUCAUGGACAUGUGUGUAUGUGCACAUGUUAUCGUUUUCUGUAUAACUGAGAUUGGGAGUGUUCUGUUAGGCAGUUCUGUAGACAAUAUUAGCAUAUUAGUUUCUUCCGACAACAUUAAAAAUAUCUUUAGGUUCACCAAUAAUAAUGCAAAAUACUCCAUGGUAUGAAUAGAACAUCAGAACAUCAUUUACUCAACUGUUUUUGUGUGUGGAAAUAUUGCACUGAUGUGGCUAUCUUCUAGGCUCUUGGUACAUCUUACUUUCUGAGUGAGUUAUGAUACUACGGUGUCAUCACCAAAAUAUGGGUUAUUUUUAAUUGGUUUUUUAAAAUUUAAGGGGUAAAGGUGUAGCUCAGUGGUAGAGUGCUUGCCUAGCAUGUGGAAGGCCCUGGAUUUAAUUCCUAGUACCUAAAACAAUAAGUAUAAAAAGCUGGGUGCAGGGCUGGGGAUGUGGCUCAAGCGGUAGUGCGCUCGCCUGGCAUGCGUGCGGCCCAGGUUCGAUCCUCAGCACCACAUACAAAGAUGUUGU